AUGCGUCGCCACUCAUUGCCCGAAGUUCACAAGCUUAGGCAAGCUCCUCAUCCUUUUAUUCCUCGCUUAGCGAGCAGUUUUAAGGAUGUGGAAAGGCAGGAUAUUGAUCCUUUGCAGUACCCAACUGCCGGUCAGGAUAGUUUCGUCCCAUCGCUCAUCGAUAUUUCCUAUAUCCAGGGUAUUCUUGCGAAUACAGAGAACUUUACACAGAAGUCCUCCUGUGAGAUAUUUGAGUUACAGAGCUCAUCAUCCGACAUGGCAGCUGGACAUUGGUUUAAGGCAGCGGACGAUGCAGAUAUCCAGGGGUUUCUCGAAGUUCGCAUAAAAGAUUACUUUGCCAAUACCCUUAAUGAGCCUGCCAAGAUUGGACCUGAAGCAUUUGAUCCUUUCCUUAUCCAAAGCAUUCUCUGCCAAGAGUCACUCCUUGCAGCUAGGAAGCCCAUAACUGAGUUACGCCAUCGCUUGCACGACGUUCUCGAUGUAGUAGGCGAAUAUUCCAAGGAACCCUUCGACCGGAGCAAUCUCAAGGAAAUGACGGAUAAACUCCAUAAGGUAUCUCAGGACGCGGACUCUCUCGCAGCCAGCGUUAAGAUGGGUUUGAUGAUUGCGCAGAACAGCAGCCGAGGUUGGAAUGCCAUCCGAACCUCUAGACUAACUCGAUCCAAGUCAGGAGGUAGUACUAUUGGAGACUCGCUAGAUUACAUAGCCAGGUCCUUAGAGUCCCAGCUUCGAUGGUUGCAAACCUACAAAUCUCGCAAGGACAUUGCUAUGAAUCUCAUUUUCAACUUGGUAACUCAACAAGACAGCGAGACUAGUACCAGCAUUGCUCGGGACACCAAGGACGACAGCGCAAGUAUGAAGAUCAUUGCCGUGCUCACUAUGAUCUUUCUUCCUGCAACUGCCGUGGCGACCGUCUUCGGCAUGUCCUUACUCGACGUCAAAGACGAUGGUACGCUUCGCGUGUCGGAUUUAACUUGGCUUUAUGCCUUGGUCACUGUCCUUUUGAUAGUCACUAUCUUCCUUUUUUGGCUUUACUGGUAUUCUAUUCUUUAUGCUAUAUCUCAGUGUAGAAGAAGGCAGAAAAGGUCGAUUUCAACUUCGAUGGAUAUUGCCUAA